AUGCUAAAGCAUACAGAAGGACGUUACAUCAAUAGCCUGCAAGAAGAACAAGAUAUGAAGAAACAAAAAUUCACGCGCUUGGACGUUUUUUUGAUUGUGCUAACGGUGGUAACGGCGCUGUGGCUGGGCGGCUGGCUACGUGUCCUCUCUGAUGCUGCCACUUUGUCACAAAAAGGAAAUGUAUACUUUGGAGACAGUAUAUCAGAUGGGGAUGAGUUCAACUAUAUCGUGGUGGGCGCGGGCGCGGCGGGUAGCGUGGUGGCAGCUCGGCUAACUAUGGCUGGUUUUCAUGUACUGCUGGUGGAAGCUGGGGGAGAUCCUAACUUUUUUACUAAGAUACCAGGAGCAACAUUCGCAUUUUCCGGCUCUUCAAUGGAUUGGAACUACGAAACGCAGCCUAAUAACAAAUCGUGUUUGGGUUCUAAAGGUCAACGUUGCCGUUUAAGCCGCGGCCGAUGUCUCGGCGGUUCCACCAGCAUUAAUUACAUGAUGUACACCCGCGGCAAUAGGCAUGAUUAUGAAUUUAACGUCACUGGCUGGACCUGGGAAGAUAUGGAGCCUUAUUUUUUGCGAUUUGAAGGUCUAAGAGACCUAUAUAGUCUCCCACAGUCAUCAGAAUCUUAUCAUAACACAUCAGGAAUCAUGUCGGUUGGAUACUUUGAAGACUCUGGUAACCCAUGGCGUCAUAGAUUAAUAGACGGAUUGAAAUCAUUAAAUAUCCCAUAUAAUCCAGAUGUAAAUGCCAAAUCUCAGAUUGGAGUAUCAAGAAUUUUUGGUUAUAUUUUGAAUGGUGAAAGAGUGAGUACAGCUACAACUUAUUUAGACCGAAAAGCUGUCAAAAGGAAACUUAAAAUAGCAAAAAAUAGUCGAUGCACUGGGGUUAUUAUUGAUGGCGAUAAUAUCGCUCGAGGUGUGACAAUUUCACGAGGGUUUAAUGAUACGUUGCGUGUGUUUGCAAAACAUGAGGUUGUAUUAAGUGCUGGCACCUUCAACUCUGCACAAUUGCUGAUGCUGUCUGGUGUUGGUCCUAAAGAACAUUUAGAGGAAUUUAGUAUACCAGUAAAAGCAGAUUUACCAGUAGGUGACGGAAUGUCCGAUCAUGUAUUGCCAGUCAUCAAUAUAAAAGUAGACCACGAUGCCAAAUCGAUAUUCCACCCACUUACCAUUGUAUCUAAAAGCCUUGAUGCGUUACAAUGGCUAAUUACACGAAGUGGUCCUCUCGCGUCUAAUGGUUUGACGGAUGUGACAGCAUUUUUUAAUACAAAUUGCUACAAUUACACCUUACGUAGCUUAAUAAAUGAUAGACCUGAAUGUGAAAUACCUACCACACAACUCAUUUAUGCUUACAUAGAAAAGGGUAUUGUGAAUCCUGCACGAACGAUCUAUGAAGCAUCAACUUCUUAUAAUAAUGAUAUAUUGCACCAGAUUUUAUCUGAGAACGAGGAAAGCGCUUAUAUUACUGUAUCACCGGUUGUUUUGCGGCCGGAGUCUCGUGGCUGGGUCCGUUUGGCCAGUUUGGAUCCAUUAGCACAUCCAUUGAUCAAACCCAAUUACUUAGAUGAUAAGCGAGAUUUGCAGGAGAUAAUUCGCUCGAUAAAGAUUUUAGAACAAGUUGUAGAAACACCAAUAUAUAAAAAAUAUAACGCGUCGAUACAAAAACUGCAUCUACCAGGUUGUCCUGAUAUUGAUGCUGAUGAGUACUGGGAAUGUUUCGUAAGACAUACGACUCAUUCAGUCCAGCAUGCGGUGGGGACUGUUGCGUUGGGUUCAGUAUUGGAUGAAAGAUUGCGAGUUAGAGGUAUUAAUAGACUUCGGGUGGCCGAUGCGUCAGUUUUGCCUCUGGUGCCGAGAGGAAACACUGCCGCUGCCGUUAUAGCAAUUGGUGAACGGAUAUCAGAUUUCUUGAUACAAGAUCGAGAACUAGAAUUUAAAAUA